CAAACAACUUGCAGCGAGCGUCAGGAAACGCACGGGAACUUCGCACAGCGCCACCUCCAGCUCCGCGGCGGGAGCCCAAAUACGGCAACGCCUCCGCCCGCCCGCGCUCCGCCCGUCGCUGAGAUGCUUGCCCGCGCCUUGCUGCUCUGCGCCGCCCUGGCGCUCUGCCGUGCAGCAAAUCCUUGCUGUUCCAACCCAUGCCAAAACCAAGGUAUAUGCCUGAGCAUAGGAUUUGACCAGUAUAAGUGUGACUGUACCCGAACAGGAUUCUAUGGUGAAAACUGUUCAACACCUGAAUUUCUGACAAGAAUAAAGUUAUUCCUGAAACCCACUCCAAAUACAGUGCACUACAUACUUACCCACUUCAAGGGAGUCUGGAACAUUGUCAAUAACAUUCCCUUCCUGCAAAAUAUAAUUAUGAAAUAUGUGUUGACAUCCAGGUCACAUUUGAUCGAGAGCCCACCAACUUACAAUGUGGACUAUGGCUAUAAAAGCUGGGAAGCCUUUUCCAAUCUCUCCUAUUAUACCAGAGCUCUUCCCCCUGUGGCUGAUGACUGCCCAACACCCAUGGGUGUGAAAGGCAAGAAAGAGCUUCCUGAUUCAAAAGAGAUUGUGGAAAAAUUUCUUCUAAGAAGAAAGUUCAUUCCUGACCCCCAAGGCACAAAUAUGAUGUUUGCAUUUUUUGCCCAACACUUCACCCAUCAAUUUUUCAAGACAGAUCAUAAGCGAGGACCAGCUUUCACCAAAGGACUGGGCCAUGGGGUGGACUUAAGUCAUGUUUAUGGUGAAACUUUGGAUAGACAGCAUAAACUGCGCCUUUUCAAGGAUGGAAAAAUGAAAUACCAGAUAAUCGAUGGGGAGGUGUAUCCUCCCACAGUCAAAGAUACUCAGGUCGAGAUGAUCUACCCACCUCAUGUUCCUGAACACCUGCGGUUUGCUGUGGGCCAGGAGGUCUUUGGUCUGGUGCCUGGUCUGAUGAUGUACGCCACAAUUUGGCUGCGGGAACACAACAGAGUGUGUGAUGUGCUUAAACAGGAGCAUCCAGAAUGGGAUGAUGAGCGGUUGUUCCAGACGAGCAGGCUAAUACUGAUAGGAGAAACCAUUAAGAUUGUGAUUGAAGACUAUGUACAACACUUGAGUGGCUAUCACUUCAAACUGAAGUUUGACCCAGAGCUGCUUUUCAACCAACAAUUCCAAUACCAAAACCGUAUUGCUGCUGAGUUUAACACACUCUACCACUGGCAUCCCCUUCUGCCUGACACCUUGCAAAUAGAUGACCAGGAGUACAAUUUCCAGCAGUUUGUCUACAACAACUCUAUAUUACUGGAACAUGGGCUUACCCAGUUCGUGGAAUCAUUCAGCAGGCAAAUUGCUGGCAGGGUUGCUGGUGGUAGGAAUGUUCCAGCUGCAGUGCAGCAAGUAGCAAAGGCCUCAAUCGACCAGAGCAGACAGAUGAAGUACCAGUCUCUUAAUGAGUAUCGCAAACGCUUUCGGCUGAAGCCCUAUACAUCGUUUGAAGAACUCACAGGAGAGAAGGAAAUGGCUGCGGGGUUAGAAGCACUUUAUGGUGAUAUUGAUGCCAUGGAGCUGUAUCCUGCCCUUCUGGUAGAAAAGCCUCGCCCUGAUGCCAUCUUUGGUGAGACCAUGGUAGAAAUGGGAGCACCAUUCUCCUUGAAAGGACUUAUGGGUAAUCCUAUAUGUUCUCCUGACUACUGGAAGCCUAGCACUUUUGGUGGAGAAGUAGGUUUUAAAAUCAUCAACACUGCCUCGAUUCAGUCUCUCAUCUGCAAUAACGUGAAGGGCUGUCCUUUUACUGCAUUCAGUGUUCAAGAUCCACAGCUCACCAAAACAGUCACCAUUAAUGCAAGCUCUUCGCACUCUGGACUGGAUGAUAUCAAUCCCACAGUACUGCUAAAAGAACGUUCAACUGAACUGUAGAAGGGUAUUAAUCCUAUUUAUUUAUUUAUAUGGACUAUUUCUUUUAACUUAAUUAUUUAAUAUUUAUGUUAAACUCCUUAUGUUACUUAACAUCUUCUGUUAAGGAGAAAGGGGUCAUACUUGUGAAGAUUUUCAUGUCACUGCUUUAAAGAUGUCAUUCCUUCAGGUUAAAGGGGAAAACAGUUUUCAUUCUUUUUUAUAAACUGAUGGGAAAUGAGUUUGACAUCCUUUUACUUGAAUUUCAGUUUAAAUUAUUUAUAAUAACAAAAGCAAAGCUGUUUGGACAUUUAAAUGCUGGUCCAAGAUGGCAAAAUGCUGCAAGUUUUUUUUCCAGUGUAUACCCUGGGAUUUCCAGUGUAUCCUCCAUGAUGCAUUAGAAGCAACUACCUGCACCUGUUCCUUUUCUUUUCUUCUGUUAGCCAUUGUACUGGGAGAAACUCUCUUCUGAUCAGUUUACUCCUUCUAUUUUGUUUUCUUGAUUUUAAGAUCUGAGUUCAUCUUUCGGUGGACUCUAUUUUCUUUCUUAUCAUUUCCCUCUGUCUGUGUUUUCGUAUCUGAACUUUUGCAAGUUUUCAGGAAAACCUCAACUCAGGACUACUAGUAACUUAGCUCCUCUUAACAAAAAUGAAA